AUCACAAUAUGAAUAUGCAUAGUCAAUUAAAUGUAUUUAAUCAUGUACUAUCUCCUUAAACUUUAAUUUAUAAAGAUUUUAUCUAUAUUUUUAUGAGUACAAUAUUAAACAUACUACUUUAACAUGAAAUUAUUAAUAAUAAUUAAUCUACUAUUUGCACUGUUAACUCAAGUGGCAUCAGUUCAGACCGUAAAACCAAAUGUGACUUUUACUGCAGCAUUGAACAAUGUCAUUCGUGAUUUAGCUAAGAUUGGCCAUGAUUUAGUGCAUAAAUUCACAAAAGUUAUUGUUUCAAAAGAAUUCAAAAUAGUAAUUGCAAAAAUCAAUGAGUUGCUCGUUGAUCUCAUAAAAAGUUUGAGUACAAAAACGAGAGAACAUUUAAAGCACAAAGCAGUAGGUGUUGCCCGAAUAUUUUCAAAAUUUCAAGAAAUUGGAUUGAAAAAUGCUAGAAAAAUUUCACAUUGUGUAAAAAGAGAGUGCACAAAAGAAUCUACAAAUCAAUUAAUUGCCGAUAAUAUUAAUGAUUUUUCUGAUAUUUUAGAUAAACUAAACGAAGUCAUCCAACCUCUGAAUUCACAAAAAGUAGGAACUUAUGGAAAAAAUUUUCGUUAUGUUUUAAAGUUAUACAAAGCUGAUCCUAACUUAACAAUUUAUGUUCAAGAUGAAUAAUAUUAAAAUUUGUUAAGCUAUUGUUUGUUUUUUUUAAUACACAAUCUCAAUAAAAUAUUUCAA